AUGAUCCGGUGGUUGAUUAGUGAUGCCUGGGUGCUGACAGACCACGCUGCUGCAGGAAUGGACGCCUUCGAGUUGUUUCGGAAACUCGGAGCCGGAGCUAAAUUUGACCUGAAGAGGUUUGGUCAAGACGCUGCUCGGUUUAAGGUUGCCAGGUCUCACGGUGGGGAAGCGUCCACAGAUGCUCUCUCUGCGAUCGAUUAUUUUGGCACAGGAGCAAAUAAUGGAUCCCAGAGCAGUUCACAGGAGGAAGAGGAGGAGGAUGAAGGAGAGGAUUAUGAGGUGGGACGUGACAGUGGAGAUUCAGGUGCAGAAGGCAAAAGGAAGCAGAGGGAUGAAGAGAGGGACGUGAAGAGAAAAAAGAAGAAGAUGAAAAGCAACCAGGUGGAAGCUGAUGGCGGAGCGCUGAAAGACACGGAGGGAAAUGGCAUCACCUGGACCUCCUCGCUGGACAGAAAGAUCCAAAACCUGUCAGGUGACGGGAAGGAGAAAUCCUCGCUGAAGAGGCUGAAGCAUCUUCACCAGGAAAAGGUGAAUCGUAUUCGCUCUCAACACCGUAUAAACGUACACGGCUGCGACGUGCCUGACCCUGUGUGCACGUUUGAAGAGCUACAGUCCGAAUAUUGUCUAAACCCGCAUGUCCUUCAGAACCUCAAAGAUGCAGGGCUGAACUCCCCUACACCCAUACAGAUGCAGGCGAUACCGCUCAUGAUGCAUAGUCGGGAGCUGCUGGCCUGUGCUCCCACGGGAUCAGGAAAGACUUUGGCUUUUUGUCUUCCGCUGCUCGCCCACCUACAGCAACCGGCCAACCUGGGCUUCAGAGCUGUGGUCAUCUCUCCGACCAGAGAACUGGCCAACCAGACCUACAGAGAGCUGCUCCGCCUGUCAGAGGGAGUGGGAUUUAGAGUUCACAUCAUAGACAAAGCCUCUCUGGCAGCCAAGAAAUAUGGACCACAGUCAAACAAAAAAUAUGAUAUACUCGUCAGUACUCCAAACAGACUCAUCUUCCUUCUCAAGCAGGAUCCUCCAGGUCUCGACCUCAGCAGCGUGGAGUGGCUGGUCGUCGACGAGUCCGAUAAGCUGUUCGAGGCCGGCAAGACGGGCUUCAGGGAGCAGCUCGCCACGAUUUUUCUGGCCUGCUCCGGUUCAAAAGUGCGCAGGGCUUUCUUCAGCGCCACCUGCACGCCAGAUGUAGAGCAGUGGUGCCGUCUGAACCUCGAUAACCUGGUGUCUGUCAACAUUGGACACAGAAACACGGCGGUUGAGACGGUGGAACAGGAGCUGCUGUUUGUUGGGACGGAGAACGGCAAACUGGUGGCCAUGAGGGACAUCAUCAAAAAAGGUUUCCUUCCUCCCAUGCUGGUGUUUGUGCAGUCUAUAGACCGAGCACGGGAGCUUUUCCAUGAGUUGGUAUAUGAAGGCAUCAAUGUGGAUGUGAUCCAUGCCGACCGCACACAGCAGCAGAGGGACAACGUGGUGAACAGUUUUCGCUCCGGUAAGAUUUGGGUGUUGAUCUGCACGGCUCUGCUCGCCAGAGGAAUCGACUUCAAAGGAGUCAACCUCGUGCUGAACUACGACUUCCCCGCCAGCGCUGUGGAGUACAUCCACCGGAUUGGUCGGACAGGUAGAGCUGGACAUCAGGGGAAGGCCAUCACCUUCUUCACAGAAAAUGAUAAGCCCCUGCUGCGCAGCAUCGCCAAUGUCAUAAAACAAGCUGGCUGCCCUGUACCCGACUACAUGAUUGGCUUCAAGAAGAUACACAGCAAAGUGAAGCGGAGACUUGAGAAGAAACCUCCCAAGAGAAGCACCAUUUGCACGACUCCUCGCUUCUUAAUGAAGAAGAAAGGCAACGCACCAAAUAAAGGACAGAAAGAAAAGAAGCAGAAAGGAGAAGGUGGAACUCAAACAGCAGUGCAGCGGCAGAAAAAGGAAAAGAAGCCCAAAGGACAGGGGCUGAAGAACAAAAAUAAAACACAGACAGAAGGGGGAGGAGAAAAGCACAAGAAGACAUCUCAGAAGAUGGGGUCAGAUUCUUCUGGAGCCAAAUUAAAAAAAAAAAAGGGGAAGAAAAAUACACAAGACAAACAAAGAUGAGUGGAACAAGCAGACUGAUUCAGAGAUGGAUGUGGAUGUUUUGUUUUUUUUUUUGUAUUUUAUUUGACUGAUCUACUGCCAAUUUUCACAUUUGUGCUUUGUAAUAUCAGAGUAUAAAAUAAACAGGUU